AUGGACCGGAUUCGUAGCCUGCAGAACCAGUUGAAAAAGUCGAAGCGACCGACAAACAUCGACGAAGGUAACGAAAAUCAGCCGCCAGCUCCUGAGUCGCACGACGCGAGUGCCACACACUCUUCGCUCUCGGGCACAGCAUUGCAAACAACGCUCGAUUCCGACGCCAGUCUCUUAUCCACCAAUGUCUCGACGGAGAGCGCCGAUUAUCCUAAAAAGGAUAGCGGCUUUGAGGGCUCCGGGGCACCGGCCGAUUUAUUCCCGCAACCGCUACUAUCCGCUCGGCACGAGACGCCACAAGCCGAUUUACAGCGAUCUCGAUUCACUGAAAAGAGUCUACUCGAUUCAGCCAGCUACUGUCGCCCGCAAAGCCGUGGAGAGGAAAGAAGUGUGCGCGCUACGCCGCUACCACGUUGUCUGAGCGACACCCGACUAAAAUAUACGACACCACACGCCGGAGAGUCUUUCAACCGUAGCGCCUCCUUCUCUCAGCUAAGCGCCGACGAUUUCGUCGAGGUCAAUGGGAUCUGCUACUUGAAAUUCCGGAAACUCGGAAUGGGAGGAAGUUCUGAGGUCUGGCAAGCGUACAACCGGGAAAGCCAAGAAGAGGUGGCGCUCAAGAUCGUGAGGCUCGAGGGAGACUUGGCGAUGCGGGAAGGAUUCAUGAACGAGAUCGAAGUACUGAAGAAGCUACAGGGAAGCCCCUGCGUCAUCAAGCUGAUAGACUACCAAUACGUCAACUAUGAAGAUCGACUUUACAUCGUUCUUGAGAAGGGCGACACCGAUCUUGGCACUUUCAUCAAGGAAAAAUUCAAGGCCCGCCAGCUGAACAAGCGGUUAAUCAAAGUCUAUUGGGAAGAAAUGUUGAAGUGUGUUCGCGCCUUGCACCAGAACCAUAUCAUCCACAAGGACCUGAAACCUGCAAAUUUCUUGCUCGUUCGUGGACACCUCAAGCUUAUCGACUUUGGAAUUUCCUUGACGGUGCCAGAUAAUAAGGAUAGCGUGCUCUCGGACGUGGUCCUUGGCACGGUCAGCUACAUGGCCCCCGAGACGCUUACGGCGGGCACGGCAAUGUUAAAGAUCACCUCGAAGGCCGAUGUUUGGUCUCUUGGCUGCAUGCUCUAUCUGAUGGCCUACGGGCGCACGCCGUUCCAAAAAUACGCUUCACAAGAAGAGCGAGCCGAAGCUAUUUGCAACCCAAAGUGUGCUAUCGAUUAUUCUACGCGCCAAGAUGCUAUUCUCAACGAGACGAUCCAACGAUGUCUGGUCCGCGACCCAUACGAACGGGCUUCAGUUGAAGAACUCCUAGCGCACCCAUUUCUCGACACCGAUGUUCAUCAAUCAGUCGAAGAUGCCCUUGCCGACAUGGCCGCCCGACUGUUGAGCAGCACGCCAAACACGCGGUUGAGGACACUGAGCGCACUAAGCAAACGGACGGACGGAGCCGGCCCGCACAAGAAACUGGACCUA